UUUGCGAUCAAUAGCUCUGGACAAACAAAACUCAACCGUUGAUUGUUUACUCAACACCCCUCUUUGACAUAGCAGCAUCUCAAUAUUUCGGGCAGCCGUAAAGCAGUUGCAUCUUCCCCCAAAAUCAUCAAAGCCGCAGGCAUUCUCGGGCAGGCGAGCACUCAGGAAAACGCACAUUGUGACCGAAUUUACACUUUGUUUGUCUGUUUGUCAAAAUAGACAAUACAAAUCGCAAACUUCAAAACUCUAAGACAACAAAAGAAAAGGGGACAAGCUCGACCGAGCCUUCUAUUCGCUACUAUCUGUCCGACCGCCUUUGGGGCACCGACAUUCAGCGGGACCCUAAGAAAAAAAAGCAGACACUUUGAAAACGGAACAUGGCUUCGCAAUACCAGUAUCGUAACUCCCAGUACAACAGCAACCAGGUCAGCAACGAGAAAUACGAGCCGUCGAUGCAGCGAAGGUCGACAAUUGAGCGACGAGAGCCCCGUGGAACUAGGUCGAGCGAUGGUACUGUCAGCACAAUGAUGAGCGCAUCGACUGGAAGGGAAUCAUCAGCAACCGCAAUGACCGAGGCACCGGCCUACUCGAAGAAGAUUGUCGUCGUUGGUGAUGGCGGCUGCGGCAAGACGUGUCUGCUCAUCAGCUACAGCCAAGGCUACUUUCCAGAGAAAUACGUGCCGACCGUCUUCGAAAACUACAUCACCUAUCCCACACACGGCUCCAGCGGUAAGACGGUUGAGCUCGCCCUUUGGGAUACCGCCGGGCAGGAGGAAUACGACCGUCUACGACCCCUCUCCUACCCCGAAACCGAUUUGAUCUUUGUUUGCUUUGCCAUCGACUGCCCAAACUCUCUCGAGAAUGUCAUGGACAAGUGGUACCCGGAAGUCCUCCACUUCUGCCCCUACACGCCGCUCAUCCUCGUUGGCCUCAAGUCAGACCUCCGCUUCAAGAAGACAUGCAUCGACAUGCUCAAGACACAAGGGUUGACGCCCGUCACCACCGAACAAGGGCAAGCCGUGGCUCGCAAGAUGAACGCCCAGUACAUGGAGUGCAGCAGCAAGGAGAUGCGCGGUGUUGACGAGAUCUUCGAGCGCGCCCUCGACACCGUCAUUGCAAACGACCGCAAAACUCUCGAGGCUCAGGCGGCAGCCAGCGGGGGCGGGGGCGGCAGCUACUCAAGCCACGGCGGCCAUGGCAUCCCAGGCGUUGGGGGCAUGCCCAAGAAGAGGAAGACGAGGUGCAAUAUCUUGUGAGAGAGUUGAGAUCAUGCUCCCUUUACCUGGCAACUUCCCCUCCUGACCCCUUCCUCUUCUGUUUUGUUCUUCUUUUUGACCCUGUUUGGCCCUUGUUCUUUUUUUUCAGUUCUUCCCCAGUCGCUGUUGACGGCGUUCUCUUUUUUAUCUUUUUAUUUUUUGGGUUGGCUUUUUCUUGGGUCACAUGUUUUGCUGUGCGCACUCUUCGUCUAACGAAGAGCCGCAAUAUGGGAAACGUAUGCGCCUGGGGAGAGAGCCUAGAGCAUAAUGAAAUGACCUAUAUUGCAUGAUUCGGAACGACGUCUUUACAGUUCUAUUGCUUUUUUUUGUUACCACCCCUUUGUACCGUGUUUCUUCCUUUGUCAUAGCCUUAGUUGGAGAUGCCCGGUCAUGUGUUGAGGCAGUACCGGCUCGCCUCGUGUUCGUUUGCGCUGGGGGGAGAUGUUCCGAAUGGGUGUAAUCGGGGCAACGGUGGUAGGGGGAGCGUACUGUACGUGGCCAUCAUGUGUGGUCAUGAGCCAUUUAAUGCGGCAUAUAAUGCUUCCAAAAAAAGCCACUGGCCUCCUUUGGGUUCUCUGGCUUUGCUGUGGUGUUGUGUUGAAGGGAGGUGGCGGUGAUUGGGGAGGAGUGAACAGAGCUGAGGAUGCCUGCUGCCACUUAUCAGCCCGCUAGGACUAUAGAGGGGAGCUGUUGUAUUAUUUCCUUGGUCUUUCAUGCACAAAUCUUUUCUUUUGUAGAAUGGUUUCCACGCUUAUGGGAUAAGACAUAAAAGACUCAUUUUUAAACCUUCAAGAACACCAUACCGUAUGCCAGCAAAUGUAAUAAUAUCAGUGACAAAUAGCGCACUCCAUGGAAUUAUUAACUGCUCUCAAAGCCAUGGAGUAGUAUACUUGGGCAUAGGGUAUCAUAAAACAUUCAUCAGAAUAUCAAACUUGUUCCUAGUGAUCCGGUCCCUU